AGGAAAAACUACUCCUGAAGAGUAAAUAAGUAAUAACCAUAUAGUAACUUUUUUGAAAAUCAUAUGUUCGAAAAAAGAGCGUGGAAAGGGAAGAAAGUAAGAAAGGAAGAAUUCGUGAAGAAGCGGUGGCCGAAUUCAACAACUGAAGAGUAAUACAGGAGUAUUACUCAGAAAUCCCAGAAGAAAUUUCAGCUCAAAAUAGUGAAAGAUGAAGAUGACCUGGAAGAAAAACGUUAACGACAGCAGGAACAAGACCCGAAAACGCCCUAUUUCUUCUAAUCCAAACCUUCCGUUUGAAGAUGUUAAUCCUGCAGCAGAGCCGCUGAACGAAUGCGAAUUGCUCGCAAAAGGCGGCGUACCCGACAAGAACAUCAGGAUUAGUGAUGAGGAAGCAGAGGAAAGGAGGAAACUUGCUGGAGAAUUUGAAGCUCAAGGAAAUAAUCUUGCUGAGGAAGGAAAAUAUCGUGAAGCACUUGUCAAAUGGGAAGCUGCGAUAACGUUGGUGCCUGAGAAAGCUAUUUUGCACGAACAGAAAGCUCAGGUUCUACUUGAACUUGGAGAAGCAUGGAAUGCUUUGAAGGCUGCAACUCGAGCUAUGGAAUUGGACCCCGGAUGGGCUGAGGCAUGGAUUACUCUCGGAAGAGCCCAGUUAAAUUUUGGAGAGCCUGAUCUCGCCAUUGAAUCUUUUGACAAAGCUUUGGAUAUUAAGCCCGAUUCUGUGGAGGCAAAAGAGGAUAGGCAAGCUGCAUCACAUCAUGUGCAGAGGAGAAAACAGCUUCAUUCAACUGGUUUGAGCUCAGCUGAAAAUCGUUUUCUCGUUGGAGAUCAAGGCUGAAAGCCUUCGGCCUUGUGGCCGCUGCGUACGUGUACAUGUAGAUGUGUUCUGAUUUUGCUUUACUUUCACUACACAGUGUUUUCUUGGAUUAUCGCAUAAGCCAUGAUUGGUUUCCAUGUCUUUUACAAGCUUUUUAUCUGGGCUUGUAUAAUACUUCUACAUUACAUCAAUUUCUUAGAAAUCUGGGGAA